AAAUUUGACAAAUAUUAUACGAACAUCCAUGUUUAUUCGAAAUGAUAAAGAAAUAUUUUUGCCCAAAUAAAGCUAAUAUUUGAUAAACAACGUUAACAGUAGAAAUAAAAAUGGAUUUCGAGAGUCCGGAUGUAGAAAAAGACUUUCCAGGUCUCUACGCUUCCGAGAGUGGACGAAAAAGCAAUGAAAGUGACUUUAGCGACGGAGGUGAGCAUGAGAAACCAUGUAAAAAGGAUCUAUUGGGACGACGGAAGGACAAGAAAGAAUCAAAGAAAGACAGGGGCUAUGCAGCGCUUGAGGAGAGAGCUCUCCGAAGAAGACACUGAUACCAAAAGUCCAUCAAAAUCAAAGAAAACGAAGUCAUUCAAAUUUCCAACCAAGAGUAAAGAGAAACGGGAGAAGUCACGUGACAAGGAGAAGGUUUUAGAAGAUGCUGUCAAACAACGAGAAUUGAAUGAAAAAGAAAAGAAGAAGGAGAAAGAGAGAGAACGGGAACGAGAGAAGGAAAAGAAAGAAAAGGAAAACGAGAGAAAUUAA